AAAAACCAAGUCUUGACCACCUAUAUUUGGUACAGGCAGCAUCUACUUCUGGGGGUAAACACGAUAUCUGCCGCCGUUUCUCAUCCAACGUGCAGCAUUGGAUCGAUGAAUUCUUGAAGUGGAAUCCACAGGACUUCGACAACAUCACUCAGAUGUCCGUCCCCACCGAAGCCAUCUGGGUCCCAGAUAUCCUGAUCAACGAAUUUGUGGAUGUGGGCAAAUCCCCGGAAAUCCCCUACGUCUACAUCCUCUAUAAUGGGGAGGUGAGGAAUCUCAAGCCUGUCCAAGUAGUGACCGCCUGCAGCCUGGACAUCUACAACUUCCCCUUCGAUGUACAGAACUGUUCUCUGACCUUCACCAGUUGGCUGCAUAACAUACGAGACAUCAACCUCUCCUUGUGGAGGACCCCGGAGGAGGUGAAAAAUGACCGGAGCGUCUUCAUGAACCAGGGCGAGUGGGAACUUCUUCACGUGCUCAGCCAGUUUCGAGAGUUCAGUGUUGGGGACAAUGAUUACUACGCAGAGAUGAAGUUCUUUGUGGUCAUCCGGAGGCGCCCCCUUUUCUAUGCUGUCAGCCUGCUGCUCCCCAGCGUUUUUCUAAUGGUCAUGGAUAUUGUGGGCUUCUACCUGCCCCCCGAUAGCGGGGAAAGAGUCUCAUUCAAGAUCACCCUCCUUCUUGGCUACUCAGUUUUCCUAAUCAUUGUAUCCGACACUCUGCCUGCGACUGCUAUCGGGACCCCCCUUAUAGGUAUCUAUUUUGUGGUCUGCAUGGCCUUGCUGGUGAUCAGUUUGACAGAGACCAUCCUCAUUGUACGCCUGGUGCACAAGCAGGACCUUCAGCCCCAUGUUCCUGACUGGGUGAAGCGCUGGGUUCUAGAGCGGGCCACCAUCCUGCUCUGCAUCCAAGACAGGAAAGCGUUUCGCCCCAUCUGCACUCAAAGCUCAAACAUCUCCAGGAACAUGGAGAAUAACGACAGCACAGCCAAGUUGAACCACUACAGCUGUGAUGCUCCUCGUGACUACGAAGGCAGAACCAGCGACGCAGCAGCCCCGCUGCAGGGCCAGAGCCCAGAGUCAGUGGGGCACAUCCUGCAUGAGAUCGCAGCCAUCCGCCAGUUCCUGGAGAAGCGAGAUGAAUUCCGGGAUAUCGCCCGCGAGUGGCUGCAGGUGGGCUACGUUCUGGAUGUCCUCCUCUUCCGUGCCUACUUGGUGGCGGUGUUGGCCUACAGCAUCACCCUUGGCACACUCUGGUCUAUCUGGCAGUAUGCCUGAGGCACCAGCCUUACCAGGGAAGGGCUCAGCAGACCACGCGCCACUGAUUCUCAAUUUAGGCAUGAAUAUUGGUUCAACUUUCAGGUUCCCCAUAACCAUAACCUAUCUGCUGAGGAGAGACUACCAGUUAUUCUAAACCUCUUUCUCCCAGGUUUUCACAAUUCGGGGUAUAUAUUUUUUUUAGUUAGGUUUUUCUAAGGACUUUAUGUCCCUUGCAUCUUCUUGUGUCUUUCUCUGUGUAAUCUCUUUAAGAAGGGAAAUUUUGGUCCCUGGGAACUAUUUCUUUUUCAGAGAAUUUCAAUCCUAAGAUGGGUAAUAGAAAGUUUAAAUGUGUUCUAAAGUUGUGUUCAACAGCAUUUAUAUUCUGCGUGGCUAUUUGCACUAAUAUUGUCAAUUGGCUUGUCUGUAAAAUGGGCAGCUGCUUUACUUGCUGCGCUCCUAUCUGUUCUACAAUAAACAGAAUUAAACUGAACACAUCCAAGAACUGUGGACCUGAUUGCUUAGCUUAUAAACGAAGAAUCCGAGAAGGCUUC